CUUGUCCCUCUUAAACAGUAUCCCUUCUUCUUGGCUCAGCUCGCCACGUUCGGGUAUGUUAUUGUGUACUCCUCUAUCCUAUUUCUUCGCUACCAUGCUGGGAAGGUUACUUAUGAAAUGCUAUCACUGCCUAAAAGUCCAUUUCUUGCUGUUGGUCUCUUGGAGGCUCUUGGUGCUGCUUGUGGUAUGGCUGCAGGAGCUACUCUUUGUGGUGCAGCAAUUCCAGUCUUAUCUCAGAGCUUUCUUGUGUGGCAACUUCUUCUAUCUUGGAUUUUCCUUGGCAGAAGAUAUAGCAUCAACCAAUUGUUUGGGUGCUUUUUUGUGGCAAUGGGUGUAAUUGCAACUGUAGCAAGUGGAUCUAGUGCUGGUUCUAUGAUGGAAGCUGGGAUGUUUUGGAGUCUUCUAAUGAUCGUUUCUUUUUUAUUUCAAGCUGCUGAUACUGUUUUGAAGGAAAUGAUAUUUUUGGAUGCUGCUCAAAAGUUGAAGGGAGGCACGGUGGAUCUAUUUGUUGUGAACACCUACGGAUCGGCUUUCCAGGCAGUUUUUAUAAGCCUCCUCCUUCCUUUUUUAUCAAAGUUGUGGGGUAUCCCGUUUCUUCAAUUGCCUGCAUAUUUAAAAGAUGGCGCAGCCUGCUUUUUGAACCUUGGGACCAUACAAGGAUGUGAUGGGGCACCAUUGUUACCAGUGCUAUUUGUCAUAGUGAAUAUGGGUUUCAAUAUUUCAUUGUUGCACCUGAUCAAGAUCUCCUCCGCCGUCGUCUCUUGCCUCGUUUCCACAUUUUCAGUUCCGAUAUCGGUGUUUUUGUUCACACUGCCACUACCGUAUCUGGGAGCCCCGUCGCCUCUCCCUCCAGGUUUCAUAUUGGGAGCAGCCAUCCUUGUCCUGGGGAUGCUUGUCUAUGCUUGGACACCAACCUCACUUCAUGCGCCGCCGCCAACAGCGCCUCCUCCUGAUUCUCCCUCCACAUCCAAUUGAACGAACAAGGAAACAUAGUUUUUGUUCUGCCUGUUUAUGCUGGGUUGUCUGUAAGUAUUCUACCCCAAGGGGUACAACUGUCCAUCCAUGCUUGACCAAACUUGUUUUUUAUAUAUAUAGAUGAGAUUCAAGAAUUCAACCCAAAGGUAUUGGAUUUUAAAUAAUAAUUUGAACUCAAAAUUUAAAAUGACUCACAAGACGACAGUGUUGUUCCACCUGUUUAUGCUGGGUUGCCACAAUAUUUUAUUUCUACCACAAGGGUAGAACUUUCAAUGUUUGACAAGACGACAGAGUUUCUGCAUCCAAAGGGCUUUCUUUUCUG